GGAUGGAAUGGAUUUAAAGCAUAUACUUGAAAAUUACUUUAAAGGAUAUCAAAAUGGCGGUUUAAAGGAGUGGAUAAAUGGCAAAAUUAGCAAUGAUAAAGAAUAUCAAGAUGACGGCUUAAUAAAUUGGGUAAAAGGCAAAAUAAGCAAUGAUAAAGACAAGGAUGGAAUGGAUUUAAAGCAUAUACUUGAAAAUUACUUUAAAGGAUAUCAAAAUGGCGGUUUAAAGGAUUGGAUAAAUGGAAAAAUUAGCAAUGAUAAAGAAUAUCAAGAUGACGGCUUAAUAAAUUGGGUAAAAGGCAAAAUAAGCAAUGAUAAAGACAAGGAUGGAAUGGAUUUAAAGCAUAUACUUGAAAAUUACUUUAAAGGAUAUCAAAAUGGCGGUUUAAAGGAUUGGAUAAAUGGCAAAAUUAGCAAUGAUAAAGACAAGGAUGGAAUGGAUUUAAAGCAUAUACUUGAAAAUUACUUUAAAGGAUAUCAAAAUGGCGGUUUAAAGGAGUGGAUAAAUGGCAAAAUUAGCAAUGAUAAAGACAAGGAUGGAAUGGAUUUAAAGCAUAUACUUGAAAAUUACUUUAAAGAAUAUCAAGAUGACGGCUUAAUAAAUUGGGUAAAAGGCAAAAUAAGCAAUGAUAAAGACAAGGAUGGAAUGGAUUUAAAGCAUAUACUUGAAAAUUACUUUAAAGAAUAUCAAGAUGACGGCUUAAUAAAUUGGGUAAAAGGCAAAAUAAGCAAUGAUAAAGACAAGGAUGGAAUGGAUUUAAAGCAUAUACUUGAAAAUUACUUUAAAGAAUAUCAAGAUGACGGCUUAAUAAAUUGGGUAAAAGGCAAAAUUAGCAAUGAUAAAGACAAGGAUGGAAUGGAUUUAAAGCAUAUACUUGAAAAUUACUUUAAAGGAUAUCAAAAUGGCGGUUUAAAGGAUUGGAUAAAUGGCAAAAUUAGCAAUGAUAAAGAAUAUCAAGAUGACGGCUUAAUAAAUUGGGUAAAAGGCAAAAUAAGCAAUGAUAAAGACAAGGAUGGAAUGGAUUUAAAGCAUAUACUUGAAAAUUACUUUAAAGGAUAUCAAAAUGGCGGUUUAAAGGAUUGGAUAAAUGGCAAAAUUAGCAAUGAAAAAGAAUAUCAAGAUGACGGCUUAAUAAAUUGGGUAAAAGGCAAAAUUAGCAAUGAUAAAGACAAGGAUGGAAUGGAUUUAAAGCAUAUACUUGAAAAUUACUUUAAAGGAUAUCAAAAUGGCGGUUUAAAGGAUUGGAUAAAUGGCAAAAUUAGCAAUGAUAAAGAAUAUCAAGAUGACGGCUUAAUAAAUUGGGUAAAAGGCAAAAUUAGCAAUGAUAAAGACUUGGAUGGAAUGGAUUUAAAGCGUAUACUUGAAAAUUAUUUUAAAGACAUUAAUAAUAAAAUGAAUUUUGAUGGCAUGUACGAAAAUAAUUCAAGAGGAUCUGACGAUUGCGGUUUUAUGGGCAGUGGAAAACUUGAUGUUCCUCCUAUAAACUAUCUUCAGACCUCAAGAACGCUGUAACUUUCGGGUCAGAUUUAACUUCUUCUGAAUACAAGGAUAAUUAGAUUACUAGUGUAGUUUUGUAGACAGUAUACUGGGUGCUAUUGUUCUCUUACUUCCUGUGGUAAAUAAAAAUAAAGCAAUUCGUAAAGAA